UUUAACUUUCAAAAUAUCAACAAUCACUUUUCGAAAAUUUUCGAUAAUCGAAAGAAUUUGAAUAAGUCUGUAAUUUUUAGAAGGAACAAACAUUAAGAUGAAGAUAAGAAAAAGAAGUAAACUUUUGUAACAUGGAUGAAAUUGAUGAUUUAGCAAACAACGUAACGCACGACGAACUACUCGAAAUUACAGAAUCCUCUCUUAGCAAACUGUUCAAAAAUGAUUCGCUAUUACGUGAUUUACCUUCAGACAUUAUUAUAGAAGAAAUUUUGUCUCAGAUAGCAGUGGAGCAUGGCCAGUCAAUAAGGAUCUUAAUAUCAAGAGAAGAUGAACCUGUAUUAAAAGUGAUUGUACCACAAACUGCGAGUGUUGGUGAUUUAAAGAAAGCAAUCGCCAGACAUUUUGAGAUACAUCAGAAAAGGACUGGCAGCAAAGUGAAAAUAUCUUGGAAAUACAUUUGGAAGACUUACAACUUGAGCUUUGAUGGUAUAAUAUUGGACAAUAAUGCAAAUCCUAUUGAAGAUUAUGGUGUUACCAACAAAACCACAUUAACAUUUAAGAAAAGAAGGAGAAAAAUGAAAAACACAAUUUAUUCUUAAAACAUGUUUAUUUAAACAUAAUAUUGAAGCUGGUGAUGCAGUGGCAUAAUAAAAUGUUACAUUUGUAAUAAACUAGAAAACAUAA